UCACACAGUGGCUUUCCUCUGAAGCCUUAUUGUUACUGACUCAUCAGCUUUAACUUAACAUUUUAUCAUCGCCGCCAGUUGGUGUCUGCUCACGUGUACGUCCAACAGUCGGUCAGUUCACUUCAGAAAUGGCCGGAAUUUUAUUUGAAGACAUCUUUGACGUGAAAGACAUUGAUCCUGAUGGGAAAAAGUUCGACAGAGUGUCACGACUCCACUGUGAGAGCGAAUCUUUCAAAAUGGACCUUAUCCUUGAUGUAAACAUUCAGAUCUACCCCGUUGACCUCGGAGAUAAAUUUCGGUUGGUAAUAGCCAGCACAUUGUAUGAAGAUGGAACGCCAGAUGAUGGAGAAUAUAAUCCCCAAGAUGACAGACCGUCACGAGCAGAUCAGUUUGACUAUGUGAUGUAUGGUAAAGUGUAUAAGAUUGAAGGAGAUGAGACAUCAACAGAAGCAGCCACACGCCUUUCAGCCUAUGUAUCCUAUGGAGGGUUGCUGAUGCGGCUACAAGGGGAUGCCAAUAACUUACACGGAUUUGAAGUGGACUCCAGAGUCUAUCUGCUCAUGAAGAAACUUGCCUUCUAAAUUCAGUGUUCAGACAUGAACACUGUGUAUGAUUGCUCUCUGUGCCCAGUUGUACUGGAUACAGAGAGAUAUUUUGAUGUCUUUUGAGAAACAUUAUGGGAAAUUUGCCUCUGAGAAUUCCAGAGAGUUGGAAUCCUCAAUCCCAGGGCUGAAUUUGAGAAAUCUUACAUUACAUAAACAAGGUUUCCAGCUGAAGAGUCAAGAAAAUGUGCUGAAAGGU